GCGUGCAUAGCAUUCAUCCAUUGUCAGCCAACUUGAUUACUUAUCCUUUUGGAUGACCAUGAUGAGAAAAGACUUGAAUUUGAAUAGCCCAUUCAAAAAAAGCAUGUCACAUCAUACCUGCUGCUCCCGUUGCACAUGCAUCGAUGGGUCAUUUGACUGGCCAUGUCAAUAACGAUAGAUGCAUACACAAAACUUUCACCAUCCAAAGGUUUAAUACCUUCACUCAUACCUGCAGAGCAGAGCGGUACUGCAGAGGUCUCAACGCACGGACAAGAGAGCAGAGUGCAGCAAACUUAUCAAAGCUGUAAAGAAAGAACUUACCGAGAAGCCGGAAAAGCGGGAUAUGUCAGAUCCAUCGGAUGGUUAGUAAGACUCAUGAAUAGUAGCUGCAGAUGAUUGGUCAAAAAGUAUUCGUUUGAAAGCCAGCAAAGCGGGAUAUCUCAAAACCAUCGGA